AUGAGGAUUCUGUUCCUGCUUCUUGUCCUUGGAAUGCUUUGUGCCGCCCAAGAACUUCCAACUGAGGAGGCUCAAUCAGAUGUAGUUUCAGAAUGGAGAACCAUUUAUAUCGCAGCCAGUAACACCGAGAAGAUCAGCGAGAACGGCCCAUUCCAGGUUUUUAACCGUGACAUUGAAAUAGAUGAUGAAAAUCGCAGAAUCGCCUUCAAGUUUUUCAUCAAACACGUCUGUGCACAUGUCUAUUCUCACUCGCUUACACAUGCUGGUACAAAUGAAUUCAAAGUAAUUCAAGCGUCUGAAAAUACCGUGAUAGCGUCUGACGUCAACGUGGAUGAAGAAGGCACGCAGACCACACUGACCGGAGUGUUUGCCACAGGAAAAGAUACUGAAGAGGAAGACUUCAAGAAGUUCAAGCACGUGACAAAAGAGAAGGGGAUUCCGGAAGAGAAUACUGUGAAAAUCAUCAGUCUUGACGACUGUCCUGACUGGUGA